AUGGCAGUGGCAGCGGCCCUGGCAGAACUCCAGGAAGAAGCCAAGUGCCCCGUCUGUCUGGACUACCUGAGCGACCCUGUCACCAUCGAAUGUGGGCACAACUUCUGUCGCUCCUGCAUCCAGCAGUCCUGGGCAGAGCUGCAGGACAGGUUCCCAUGCCCUGUCUGUCGUCACCAGUGCCAGGAGGGGCCCUUCCGGAGCAACACCCAGCUGGGUAGGGUGACCGAAAUCGCCAGGCUCCUCCACGGCGCCAAGAGCCGCAAGAAGAGGCAGGAGGAGCCACCCUUGUGCGAGAGACACAAUCGAAUCCUGAGCCUCUUCUGUGAGGAGGACCUGGUGGUGCUGUGUCCCCUGUGCACUCAGCCCCCUGACCACCAGGGCCACCAUGUGAAGCCCAUCGAGGAGGCCAUCUCUCACCACAGGAGGAGGCUCCGUAGCUAUGUCCAGCCCCUGAAGAGGCAGCUGGCAGACCUUCACAAAUUAAUAAGCAUUCAAAGCAAAAAACCCCUGGAACUGAGAGAGCAGGUGGAAGCACAGAGGCAGAACCUGGCCUCCGAAUUUGAGCGUCUGAAUCAGUUUCUAGAGCGUGAGCAACAUGCAGCUCUCUCCAGGUUGGCAGAGGAAGAGAAGGACAUUCAGCAGAAGCUCAGUGCAAACAUCAUGACAUUUUCAAGCUACAUGUCCACACUCAGAAGUCAGUUGAGCAGGGCGGCGGAGCUCAGCGUGCUGCCUGAAGUGGAACUGCUGUCGCAAAUUAAAAUGUUCUACAGUUCUGAAAAUGAGCCCAGCCCAUCCAUCUUCUCAGCACAUUUAAGGGGAGAAGGCUGCAGUUUUCCUCCCCAGUAUUCUGCUCUGCGAAGAAUUAUCAAGAAAUUCAAAGUAGAUAUACUUCUAGACCCCGAAACAGCACACCCUAACCUGCUUGUAUCUGAGGACAAAACAUGUGUGAGAUUUACCAAGAGAAAACAAAAGGUUCCUGGGUUUACAAAAAGGUUCACAGUCAGGCCAGCUGUCCUGGGGCUGCCAUGCUUUCACUCAGGCAGGCACUUCUGGGAGGUGCAGGUGGGAGACGCAGCUGAGUGGGCACUCGGCAUCUGCAGCGAUGCUCUUUCCCGGAGGGCACGGAGGCCACCCUCAGCCCAGAGAGGCUGCUGGUGCAUUCAGCUGCAGGACGGUGACUACAAGGCCCCAGGGGCUGUGCCAAGCCCUCUACUGUUGGAAGUAAAAGCCAGAGGCAUCGGCGUUUUCCUGGACUACGAGCUGGGGGAGAUCUCCUUCUUUGACAUGGCCGAGAAAUCUCAUAUCUGCACUUUCACUGACGUGUUCAUUGGGCCACUUCGCCCUUACUUCCAUGUACGACGUGAUUCAAAACCGCUCCAGAUCUGCCCAGGAACAGGUGGUGAAUAA